GCUGUAGCAAUGUUCCUUUCGCUUUCAUGGCGAGAACUGAACCUACCAAUCCAACUGCAGUAUUCGUAAAAACCUAUUUCUUUGACUGAAGUCCUACGCGUGCAAGAGGUGUAAGUCUUUCCCACUGAUAGCAGGGCCAGUGGGGACAGAUCAAUGACGCGAAUUGAUCCGGAUAGAACCAUGAAUAUUCCUCAAGCAGUCUGCCUACUCCUGGGGCGCAAAACAAAGCAAAUAAAAUAUCAAAGACGAGAGAGAUCAACCUGUAUUUUGGAAGAUAGAGAUGGAGAAGGGGUGGGAUUUUGCCCUUACUGUUGCCGCAGUACUGGCACUGUGUGUUUGUGAUGGAGGAAGAACAGGUACGUUUGUGAGAAAAACUGAUUUCUCAAGAGACAUGCCGAUAGAAAGUGAUGUGUUCCGGCUGCCUCCUGGUUACAACCCUCCCCAACAGGUCCAUAUAACACAAGGCGACCAUGAGGGAAGGGGUGUGAUUGUCUCUUGGGUAACUUCAGAUGAACCUGGUUCAAAUUCGGUGCUGUACUGGGCUGAAAACAGUGACCUCAAGAACCUCGCAGAAGGCAUUGUCGUCACCUACAAGUAUUUCAAUUACACUUCUGGUUACAUUCAUCACUGUGCAAUUAAAGAUUUGGAGUUUGACACCAAAUAUUUCUAUGAGGUUGGGAUUGGGAACACGACUCGACAGUUCUGGUUUAUAACUCCACCUAAAGUUGGCCCUGAUGUUCCGUACACUUUUGGCCUCAUUGGAGAUCUUGGACAAACAUAUGAUUCAAAUAGGACACUUGCACAUUAUGAAUUAAACCCAUCAAAAGGACAAACACUCUUGUUUGUCGGAGACCUCUCUUAUGCAGAUGAUUACCCUUUGCAUGAUAACACGAGAUGGGAUACCUGGGGAAGAUUCGUUGAAAGAAAUGCGGCAUAUCAACCUUGGAUAUGGACUGCAGGAAAUCAUGAAAUUGAUUUUGCCCCUAAUCUUGGUGAAUCAAUACCCUUCAAGCCUUUCAGACACCGUUAUCCUGUUCCAUACGAAGCAUCUAAUAGUACUUCCCCUUUAUGGUACUCCAUUAAGAGGGCUUCGGCAUAUAUCAUCGUCAUGUCCUCGUACUCAGCUUUUGGUAAGAAUUGAUUUUUGUUAAACAAAUAUAAUGUAAUAUUGUGCAUAAUACCACAUUGAUGAUUCUUUUCUACGUUUGAAUCAAAAGAAUUCAAGAAAGGUGAUAUUCUUAUGCAAA